UUUGGAAUGUCUGAACGUGCGUUGCCAUGCGACGAAGGUAUAAUUAUAAACAAAUGUCAUUGAAAGUUGAAACCUCAAGAGUCAAAUAACAAUAUUUUUUAAAACCGUAUUCUGUUACCAUUUUUUCCCUCCAGUAUCACCAUGUGAUGUAUGAUUUAAUUUUCUGAAAUAUUUGAACUUUAGGCAAAGAACCUUAUCAAUAUCAAAAUCUGCUGCAGACUUUUCCCAAAAAAUUGCUACAUUACCAAUAAAUUAUCGUAAAAUUGCUACAAAUUCUGGGAAAUUGAAACAUUAGGUUUAUACACACCAAAAAUUAAAACAUUGCAAAAUAUCAAAUAUUCUCUGUUUCGUUUGAUUAUUUCACUGUAAAUUAAACAUUAAACUGCCAUGCCAUAAAUAUUGAUGUGAUAUCCGCCACGCCAUAAAUGUCGACGUGAAAAAAUUUUCAACAGGUUUUCAACUUUUCGUUGCAUCUUUCAAACAUGUUUGCAAGCACCUGCAGGAUAAUUAAUGAAUGAAAAUUGUAACCAUUAUAAAAUUCCUUUCAUUUUUUUUACAGUGGGUGUCCAUUACAUGCAAAUUGUAGUGCUAGACCAAUAUCACUAAAGAAUAUGAUGUAUAAAAAACUCUUUAUAAUCAGUUUUACUCUUUAUAAUCUAUUUUGAUAAAACUCAAGGCACAUGUUUUCCGUUGUUUUUAUGUUUAUACAGAGAUAAUUAUUUUCGUAAGGUCAUAUUACUAAUAUUACAACAUCUGUGCGGCUUUUUUGAAGACGCCUAAAUUUGAAAAUGAGUGUAAUCCUUUGACAAACAACAAGCAUCAUGGCGGUUACUUGGUGCUCCGGGAGUGGCAUAAAAGUCCGUGAAAAUGGCGUGCUUACAAGCUGUUUUGUGGACACACUAUUCUUAAUUCCUACUGCAAUAGUCUUGUUCGUAUUGAUUCCAGCUCUGGUCCUCAUUUUGCGAGGAAAAUCUGAAGUUUUCGGCCAGUCCUGCGUGAGAUUUAAACAUCACUCGCUGAGAUGGAUGCUAACGAUUCUACUGGCUCUGUCGUACCUGGCGAAGAUCGGCGAAGGUUUCAUGUAUCAACAACAGAUCUCCACAACACCUUUGCAUCUUUACCUACCAAAUAUACUCGCACUUGUCUGCCUAAUCAUCGUUACCGUGUACUAUGAUAUUGUUGAGGUCAGCCAUGAAUCGCCAGUGAAGAAGCUAUCAAUUAUCAUCUUGUAUUGGCUGAGUAGCGUGAUUAUGUGGGCUGUAAAAUUCGUGCAAUUAUACCAAGCUGAAGGACCGUAUGAUAUACGUCUGUCCACAAAUCUUCUUAUACUUCUCUUUUACAUACUUUUGCUCAUUAUUGAACGGAGAGUUAUUUUUUCACAUCUUCCACAGAGGUCCAGAGGUUCUGCAUGGAGCAGGGCUAAUGCAAGCGAAAUGGAGGAGGAUUCUUGCAGGAAUUUUCAAGAAGGAAAGAUUAAGUUUGUCCAUGACUUUUCGAACUUUUUAUCCAGGUGUACUUUCUCGUGGAUGUACGAUAUGCUGAAACUCGGCAACAGUCGUCCACUUGAACCGGAGGAUCUUGGUGAUCUGCCAUCGGUUGAUAAGGCCGACCAUAACCACAAGCAUUUCAUGAAAGUCUGGGAGGCGGAAAAGGUCCGUGCUGCUAAGAAACAGACCACACCAUCAAUAUGGCUUGCCUUCUUUUUAACAUAUCGAAAAAUCAUUUUAACUGCUGCAACCUGUCGUCUGAUUGGAGAUCUACUUAGUUUUAUUGGUCCUUUAUGUUUGAAGCAGAUUGUCGCUUAUGUUGAAAGGACUUUGAAGUCAAAUGGCGAAGAAGUGAAGCCUCCAAAUGAAGACAAUUUACACAUGUCAAUUUCGGAUUUUUUCAGCAAUGGUUUUGUUCUCUCUGUUGUGAUUUUGGUGGGAAACAUAGCAUCAAGUACUUUCAUACAGUACUAUUUCUAUAAUGCCCUACGUUAUUCAAUGAAUUUGAGGGCAUCUUUACAGGUGAUGAUUUACAACAAAGGCUUAAAUCUUUCAAGUUUCACCAUUUCUGGGGGCAAAAUGGAUUCAGGACAAAUUGUGAAUCAUAUAUCAACUGAUACUCAAAACAUUGCAUUGUCAAUGACCUUCCUGCAUAAUAUUUGGGCCGCACCACUGAAGCUGGUCUUGGCACUAGCUUUUGUCGUCAACGAACUUGGAGUCGCUGCAUUUCUUGGCUUUAUUGUGCUGUUGAUUCUCAUUCCAAUAAACUAUGUUUUAGCUGCUAAAAUGGGGAAAUUCCAAAAGAUUGGCUUAGGUAUCAGCGACGAACGUUUAAAGAACUCAAACGAAAUGCUACAAGGAAUGAAACUACUGAAGCUCUACGCCUGGGAGGGAUUCUUCUGCGAGCUCAUUGAAGGAAUUCGCCGCCGUGAAAUCUCAGUCAAACUGAAAAGUGCUCUUCUGAACGGCUUGACGAGCUUCGUAACGACUUGCACAACGACUAUCGUGGCUCUUGUAAUGUUUGUGAGUUACGUGAAGGUAUCUGGUAAGGAGUUGACGGCAUCAAAAGCGUUUGCUUCGCUAGCUCUGAUAAACCUGAUGAAGGUGCCGCUGUUUCUUGUCCCGCUUUUGGUACGGACAGUGGUGAACGCUCGCGUGAGUACAAAGCGUCUGCUUCCCUUCCUCCUUGCUCCUGAGAUCAGUCAUCUCCGAGACGAGGCACCCGUCUGUGUUGUUGAAGAAGGUGAAGAGAAUCCUGGACCUGAGGAGUUCAAGAUGGCGCCGCUGACGAAACCCACGAAGAACGAGCCAAAGCCAUCGCCAGGCAGUCCAACCAUCGAAGUCAGUGUAAAGUUCUCCAAAGACGAAUCCUCGAAGACGAAGGAAAACGAUGCCAAGGCACCCUCACGUACCGAUCCAGAUUUCUGUAUUCCACCUCGGAUUGCCGUUGUUAUUAACGAGGCAAGCUUCUCCUGGGAUCCUGAGGCAGACGAGCCAACGAUAGCCAACGUUGAUGUAAAUGUUCCUAAGGGAAAACUAACAAUGAUUGUGGGACCCGUUGGCAGUGGAAAAUCUUCUUUGGUGAAUGCUCUAUUGGGUGAGAUGACGCCGGUAGGUGGGCAAGUCCUGUGGGCUGACGACGUCACGGUGGCGUAUGCAGCCCAGAAAGCCUGGCUCUUGAAUGAUACUGUGAAGAACAAUAUUCUUUUCGGGCAACCCUUCAUUCGUGAGCGCUACGAUGCCAUCCUGCAAGCAUGUGCUCUGAAGAGUGAUUUGGAAAUAUUGCCAGCAGGCGAUGAAACAGAGAUCGGUGAGAAAGGGAUUAACCUCAGCGGUGGUCAAAAGCAACGCAUUAGUCUGGCUAGAGCUGUUUACUCCGGCGCAAAUUUCGUCAUGUUUGACGACCCUCUUUCAGCGCUCGAUGCGCACGUGGGUCAGCACGUGUUUGAGCAGGCGAUCAUGAACAUGCUUGUCAAGCGGGGCCGCACCGUGGUUCUGGUGACGCAUCAACUGCAGUAUCUCCCCAAAGCAGAUAAUGUCAUUGUAAUGAAGGACGGUUGUGCUGUUAUUUGCAGUACCUUCAAAGAGGUCCAGAACACGAAACUUAACAACGUGAGGAAUGCGCUGACCAUCACGCGCCAGCAAUCCAUUGAACGAGAACAGCAUGUUCAGGAAGAGGAGGAACCAGAGGUUGUCAGGGAUCGUAGACAUACGGUGGCGGAGGAGAUCAAGGAGGCUGAAGAGAACGAGCAAGCUGAUGAGAAAGGAAAACUUAUAACGAAAGAGGAACGAGAAAAAGGCGCUGUCGCUUUGCGUGUGUACCUCAGCUAUGCCAAGGCUUGUGGCUACCUCUACGUCGUGAUUGCCCUUGUCUUAGCCGUCGUCGCCCAGGGUGGUAUUGUUGGUGCAGACUGGUGGCUCUCGAUCUGGUCUUCAGACAGACCCGUUGGCAACACCUCAGCCGAUCAUGAUGUAGAUUACUACCUGGUUGGAUAUACCGGGCUAUCCAUAGCUGCGGUCGUCUUGACGUUCUUUAAAUCAAUCUCCAUUGCGCUGUGUUGUCUACGGGGUGCGAAAUUACUGCACGUGCGCAUGCUCAGACGUAUAGUCCGAGCACCGAUGAGGUUUUUUGAUACAACGCCAAUUGGCCGAGUUCUGAACCGAAUGUCUUCGGAUACGACAGCAAUUGAUAGCAAUCUCCCAAUGGUAACUCAAAACUUUAUCAACACGAUGUUGGGUGCAACAGCCGCUCUCGUCGUCCAAGCAGCAGUCACUCCGUAUUUUUUAAUCGUCGUCUUGCCGUUUAUUAUCAUCUACUACUACGUUCAACGAUUCAUCAGACGGAGUACUCGUGAGCUUCAGCGUCUGGACAGCAUCAGUAAAUCUCCAAUCUACGCUCAACUCUCCGAGACCUUAGGAGGUCUUUCUACGAUCCGUGCGUACCGCUCACAAGAACGCUUCCAACACCAGAUCAAGAAAGCAAUCGACAAAAACAACGUCGCGUUUAUCUUCACACAAAUGUCGCACCGUUGGCUUGGGUUGCGUUUGGACUAUGGCGGUGCGAUGAUUGUGUUCCUUGCAGCCGUUUCCUCGGUCGCCGCGGCUCUCAGCGGUACCAUCAGCCCAGGAUUGGUUGGCCUUGCUCUCACGUAUGCACUUGCUGUGGCCCAGGUGUUUAACUGGGUUGUGCGCAUGGCGACUGAGAUUGAGAUGAAUAUGAACGCAGUCGAACGUGUUGAUCAUUAUUCAAACAUUGAUAACGAACCUUCGCCGAAAGACGCCGACAUCAAACCGGGUGAGAAGUGGCCAGAAAAAGGUGAGAUCGGUUUAAGAGAUUUAACCCUGGCCUACGCCCACGAGUUGCCCCCGGCGAUCAAGGACGUUUCAGUGGACAUAAAGGCAGGUGAAAAGAUUGGGGUCUGUGGUCGUACUGGCAGCGGUAAAUCAACAGUCACACUGGGCCUUUUCAGAAUGUUGGAGCAUUUUGAAGGUCAUAUUAUUAUCGACGGUAUAGAUAUAUCCCAGAUGUCUUUGCGAGCUCUGCGUUCUCGCUUGGCCAUCAUUCCGCAGGAUCCGAUAUUGUUCCAAGGCACAGUGCGGUUUAACCUCGACCCGCGAGGAGUCCACGAAGAUGACGCGCUAUGGCACGUACUUGAAGUAGCGCAACUGAAGAAUGCCAUCGCGGCCUUAUCCGGAGGACUGGAAGGAGUCAUCGUCGAAGGUGGUGAGAACCUCAGUGUUGGUCAACGGCAAUUGUUUUGUCUGGCGCGCGCACUUCUAGUGAAGUCCCGGGUUCUGGUGAUGGACGAAGCGACGGCAAAUGUCGACUUGGAAACGGACAAGUUGAUUCAAGAGGUUGUGCGCAGUGCGUUCAAGGAAUUCACCAUUCUCACCAUAGCGCAUCGUAUUGACACCAUUCUGGAUUCCGAUCGUAUUAUGGUCUUAGAUCAAGGUCGUCUGAUUGAGUGGGACGCUCCAGAGAAACUACUAGCUAAUAAAGAAAGCGUCUUUUCCUCGCUUGUUAAAGCUCACAAGUAGCGCUUUCAAGGCAGAGGUACAGAUAGUACUCGUUAUACGAUGCUUUGGGACGUUUGUUAUCAAAUGGACCAGCAUUUGUGCAAUGGUCAAGUCUCCGAACAUAUCUUUUGCUGUCUUCGUAACUGGAAGCACAUACUUCUAAAAAAACAUAAAACAAUUCUACCUAUGCUGUCUCGAGAAAAACCUGCAUCGAAAUGAUUGCAAGCGAGAUUUGACAACUGAGAUUUGCAUCUUUCAUAUUAGUAUGAGUUUUUUGGGGUUGUAUAUACCUUUACAUAG